AUGGGGCUGCUGGAUAAACUGUCGGGCUGGCUUGGCCUGAGGAAAAAAGAGGUCAACGUUUUGUGUUUGGGACUGGACAACAGUGGCAAAACUACCAUCAUCAACCAACUCAAACCGUCUAAUACACCGGCACCAGAUAUAGUCCCAACAAUUGGCUUCAACAUUGAGAAGUUCAAGAGUUCAAGCCUGUCUUUUACGGUCUUUGAUAUGUCUGGGCAGAGCAGAUAUAGAAACCUAUGGGAGCAUUACUACAAAGAGAGCCAUGCCAUCAUAUUUGUCAUUGACAGCGGUGACAAACUGAGAAUGGUUGUUGCCAAAGAGGAGCUAGAAACUCUUCUCAAUCACGAAGAUAUCCGCAGCAAAAAGAUACCAGUAUUGUUCUUUGCUAACAAGACGGAUCUGCGUGAUGCCAUGUCUUCUGUCAAAGUCUCACAGAUGUUGUCUUUAGAGAACAUCAAAGACAAACCCUGGAACAUCUGUGCCAGCAAUGCUAUCAAAGGAGAGGGUCUCCAGGAAGGGUUGGACUGGCUACAAGAUCAUAUGAAAACAAUGAGCACAUGA